GUGAAGGUCGUGGGCGAAGGGCGGAAGAGCACCAAGAUUAGCAACAGCUACCCGCCUGUCUUCAGGGCGAAGCCGCAGGAGAGUUAUGCCGAGUGGAAGAGGAGUGUGGAGUUUUGGAUAGGGGGUGAAGGAGAUCAGCUGCCGGCCGACCUGAUCGGCCCGCGGAUGAUGGUUCAAUUGAAGGACCGGGCGGCUCAGCUGGUCAAGCACCUCACCAACAAGGAUGUGAACGGCGCCGACGGGAAGGAGAAGAUCUUCAAGGCUUUGGAGCGGGCCCCGAUCAUCCGGCAGUUGGACAAGCACCGCGUGGACGAGCACAGGAGGAGGCUCUUACAACUCUCCAGGGAGUGGCUGCUUCAGCGUGGGGACCGUCGUGGCCUUCCCCCGCGUGUGAGUGGGCAGCCUCGUGGUACCUUCGCGGCCGAGCCCUACGGCGAGACGAUUGAGGAGGAGGAGUCCGGGGACGAUGGCGACAUUGUGGGCGAGAUCCCCCUCGAGCUUGCCCACUUGGAGAACGAGGCUUUCGGUAUGCAGUACAAGGCAAAGCAGCGAAUCGCCGAGGUGAAGAAGAUGCGCCAGUUCUUCAAGAAGCCAGACGGCGGCGCGGACAAGGAUGAGAGAAAGAAGCUGAUCGCCGAGCAGAUGAAAGUCCGGCCAUGCCACACGUGCGGACAGUUGGGCCAUUGGUCGCGAGAGUGCCCAGCCAAUGGCAAGAAUGUGCAGGCAGUGCUGGCGACUAAGUCGUCGAAGGCCCUGGCCCCCACGAGAGUGACGGCACCUCCUCGAAGCAGCGAGUGGGAUCUUCUUGCGGCCCUCUACCAAGGAGGCCCUGUGUUGCAGCGAGAUGUUUCCGAUGAGGCGGCAUACAAGGGGUCCGUGCACAGGGUGUACUCAGUUGACUUCGAUCUGAGGGAGGUCAUGUGGUCGCUCAAGGAACUAGCUUUCAAGGUGAUCCUCGAUUUGGGAUGUAUGAGGUCCGUGGCAGGGGUUCUAUGGGCCAAUGAAGUGCUGCAGCGCUGGCAUAACGAGGGCCGUUGGUAUCACAUUGAGAAGGAGUGUGAGGCGUUCAAGUUUGGGGGUGGCGAGGUCUUGAACAGCAAGUACCGUUUGUCCUUUGUCGGGAGCUUUGCAGGCAGGCCAGUGAUCUACGGCUUCAGCAUAGUGGAAUUAUGGCGUGGGCGGGAGAGCGGGCACUACACUGUGAGUGUGGAUGAGUGUGACGUGGGGAGUGUCAAGCUGCCUGAGGAUUUCACCAUGGCCCUCACGUUGGAUGCC